CAAUUCUAUUGUAAUAUAGAAACCAUAAUUGCAUUAAAGUUGCAUUAAAUUUGUUAAAUCUAGACAAUUUAUCAGAAAAAAAGAUAUAUCAUUCAUUCUCAGCAUCUGGACCUGUUGCAACUGCCUAAAAUCAUGGCUUCUCAUGUUAUUUUGUUGCUAUCACUUGUUGGUAUGUUCGAUCUUCUUGGAAUAGCUGUGAACGGACUGGAAUGUUACAAGUGCCAAAACUGCAAUGACCCAUUCAAGUCUUCUGGAAUUUCGACAAUUGCAUGCCAUGAAUCCUGCUUGAAAACUAAGGGAACAAAAGAUGGACAUGCUGGAAGAAACUGCGGCGUAGGCAAGAAGGAUGAAUGUAACAAAGUUACUAAAGAUGGCGUCGAGUAUGAAAUAUGCACGUGUACUUCUGACAAGUGCAAUGGAGUAAGCACGAUGAAGAUACACCAGAUAUUAUUGAUUUUGACAGCGUUUAUAGCGAGGAAGCUGAUGUUUUGAAACACGACGUGAUAACAAAAACACUAUUGAAUUUCAAGUUUGGUCAAUAAAGCAGAUUAGAAGAAAAACAAUCUGGUUACAUUCACUUUGACUUAUCCAGCCAUGCACAGCCUGAAGAUACCAUGCCAAAAUCCGUUUUCUAUUAGACACGCCAGGUUAAAUGUAUUUAGAUGUCCAGCAAUGCUCUGAAAUAAAAAUUG